AUGACGGAAACGGAGGAGCAAAACUUUGACGUUGAGCAAACGACAGUGAUAACCUGGCCUCCAACUCCUGUUGCAGAUACCACUGGUGUACCUUCCUUCCUGCGCACAUCGCUGUCACCGUCUCAGCCUGCCGCGAUGAAUCAAACACAGGACGCCACCUCUAUUAGCCUUCAUAAGAUUUUAUCUCUUACAUCCCUCUACAGCGAAAGAACUGCAAGAGGGAGACAAGGGAGUGUAUUACUUGCCAUCCUAGAGGUAGAAGGCCCUGAUACAGUGCGUGUAAGGAAAAGCUCGGAUGCAGGGAGAGACGUUUUAGUUCACAAAAUAAUUCUAGGUAAUGAAGGUGGAUCGGGUGAUGUUGCAGAUGCCUGGGGUGCACUGGGCGUCAAGCGUGGAGAUAUAAUUCAUCUAGAGAACCUCACACUAACGUGCGAGCCAGGCAGAUCGAUCAUCCUCACCGCUUCUCCAUAUAACAAGCCAACCGCGGAGAUUUGCUUUCGGACCAUGCCUUAUACACGUGAGAACAAUCCGGCCGGACCUCCGGCUCGGGAAAGCGACACCUUCGUAAAGAAGGUCUCUGCACUGGCCCAUGACCAGGCUCGCUAG